UGGUUUGUGGCCAAUGCCCGUUGCGAUUUGUGGCUUUGAUUAUACAGAUAACAGUAAGAGCUAUGUGGGGAAACACACACGCAAACAAAAAUAGUCGUUUGCUCAGAGAAAAAGGACUACUCACGAAAUGUGUACUUAAGGAAGCGAAGCUGCCCCAAACACCUGGAACAAAUCUUGCGGCAAAUAACUUGUUAUGUGAGCUGGUAAAGCAAAGCUAGUAAUGUAACUGUACAGAGAGCAAUCAGAGUUUUAUCUGAAACAAAAAGUUUCAUUAUCACAGCUGGACUGUUUUUGUAAGGGCGGCAAGUUUGUUCACGCUGGAAUUUAAUAUAACUUACUUACACACCUCUAGGACAUUUGACGGCGAGCUUAGCAUGGAGUAAAAGUGAGACUUCAAGUGUAGAUAACAUUUAUUAACUCUCUACCUGUUAGACACUGGCUGAUAUCUUAAGUCCGUCUGCUAUAAUUUAGUGUCUCUCGGUAGAAGUCUGUGGCAAGUGUUACCCUUGCGGUACUUGCAGCCAACACAAAAUGCCACAUAAUGCUGGAAUCUAAGUAGGAUUCACUUGUACGUGCGGCUGCCUUAUCCCCCUGCCCAAUGCCCUUUUGGGAACUUGGUGUUUUUCCACACUACAGCCUCCCCUUCGUUCUUUCUCAGCACUAAAUCUUAACGUUUUUGGAGAGUGUGCGUUUCGAAGCCACAAAGUUGCCGGUCCGUACUCCUGGUGACGUCAUGUGGGACUUGUGAAGUGGAUCUAGCAGAAGGGGAAUGAGAACUCGGGCAGAGUGAAGAUAGAGAACAUUGUUACUUCAGACAGCAAAGAGAGAGCAGUUUUUACAGCCUCAGGGGGCUGUUGUAGGUGGAGGUAAGGCAGACACAACAAAGGUUGAAUCCCGUGCUUGGCUGAAAAGCUUUCAUGUGUUGAAUCACACAUUUAUUCAUUCAUUCAUACAGUGGCUGGGAAAAAGUGAUACUGCUGGGGAAAAACACCGACUCAUCUAGUCUAGUUUUUAUGAUACUGGAGGGAAAGUACAUCAUGAAAGCUGCGAGCACAGUGUUGUAAAGUGGUCGUGCAGUCCAUGUGCAGGAGCUGUCAGGACUAGAGCUGCACCUCACUGCUGUCUGAGAACGGGAUAGUCUGCGUAACUAAGAGGGAAAACUGUUCAUCCUUGGCACAGCUGGAAGGGCUUUGCUGCUCAGUCAUUCGAGAAUGCCAAGCUGGCUUGGAAAGUUACUGCUCACAAGUACAACAGUGCAUCUCCCAAGCAGGAAGAAAACAAUUUAAUUAGUACGGGACGACAACCUUGCGCAUCUGUUGUGUGUGGUUAUAUUUAUAUGCACAGAAACAGCAACCACAAAAAAAUAGCCAUGGAAUUACUUUUGCAUUGUACUUGCUGCCUCUUGACUUUAAUGCUAAAUGCACAAAGGUCAUCUUCCAAUGAGAUAUUGGGUCUCAAGAUUCCAGCUGAUCCGGUAUUAAAUGUGAACACAGUGUGCCUUACUCUGCCGGGUAUCACCAGGAGGCAGAUGGAGGUAUGUAUGCGAAGCCCUGAUGUGACAGCUUCAGCCAUUCAAGGAAUUCAGAUUGCUAUUCAUGAAUGCCAGCAUCAGUUCCGUGAUCACCGCUGGAAUUGCUCAAGCUUAGAGACAAGAAACAAGAUCCCAUAUGAAAGCAUUGUGUUCAACAGAGGUUUUCGUGAGAGUGCCUUUGCUUAUGCUAUUGCAGCUGCAGGUGUUGUGCAUGCUGUGUCAAAUGCCUGUUCUAUGGGAAAGCUCAAGUCAUGUGGCUGUGAUGAGAAGAGGCGAGGGAAUGAAGAAGCAUUUCGGAUGAAACUAAAUCGUCUUCAACUGGAAGCCUUAAAUCGUGGAAAAGGCAUGGUGCAUGGAGUAAUGGAACAUUUUCCAGCUGAUGCUGCUGGUCCACAGGACUCUUGGGAAUGGGGUGGAUGCAGCCCAGACGUGGAAUUUGGUGAAAAAUUUUCCAGAGAGUUUCUGGAUGCACGAGAGACAUAUAGAGAUAUUCAUGCCAGAAUGAGACUGCAUAACAACAGAGUUGGCAGGCAGGUUGUUUUGGAUAACAUGAAGAGAAAAUGCAAAUGUCAUGGAACGUCUGGAAGCUGUCAGUUGAAGACAUGUUGGCAGGUGACUCCAGAUUUUCGGCAAGUUGGUUCUGUCCUGAAGGAUCGAUUUCAUGUAGCAACAUUGAUAAAGGCUCACAACAGAAAUACAGGGCAGGUGGAACAAGCUCAUCCACCCCACAGGAGGCGGGCAAGCAUUAAUGGUCUCAUCUAUUUUGAGAAGUCACCAGAUUUUUGUGAGAAAGAAACAGAAUCAGACUCCAAUGGAACACAAGGGAGAAUCUGCAACAAAACCAGUCCAGGAAUGGACAACUGUGAAAGCCUUUGCUGUGGGAGGGGACAUAACAUUCUGAGACAGACACGGACUGAAAGAUGUAACUGUAAAUUUCACUGGUGUUGCUAUGUUGUAUGUGAGGAAUGUCGAAUCACAGAAUGGGUCAGUGUAUGCAAAUAAAGCCUUAUCUACAAGCUGAAGGACAGCUCAGUUCUGUUUUGGCAAGAUUUGCCCAAGAUCCUAACUAAUGAUUUUUUUCAUUAGAUUAAACUGAGAAAUGCAGCAAAUCAGAUCAUAAAAGUACCCAGACAAGAAAAAGAUAUUUAGAAAGCAGUACUCAGUGAAUGACAUUUUCAACAGACAGAAAGAAGAGGAAACCACUAUGAUCAUUUAAGCACCAGCUUAAUGUGUGGUAAAUCUGAGAAAACCAAUUUAUAUUGUAAAGACAAAAUGCUUUGGCGUUCUAGACAAAUUAAACACAUAAGAAGCAGUGACACUAUCAAUACAAAUAACACAAUAUAUGAUUUCCACUUGCUUGAUACCUUCAUGAUAAUAGGUGUAUUUAAAGGCAGCUUUUGGGGGUUAACACUCAGGCAUAUAUGCACUUCUAAAACGGCACUGUUUGUACUUGCAAGAAGAAAAAAAGAAAAAAGUAAAACAUCGGCUUGACUCUGAGAUAUGUAAUGUCAGGAUUUGCUAAUCAGGCUAUUGUAGUUCUGAUUUCAUUCUGUGAAUUAAAACUGUGCAAGUCUGAUUGCAUGACUAAGUGUGUAUAAUAAAACCAGUCCCAUGAAAAUGCACGUCUUGCACAUUGCAAAUCUAAAUUACAUUCAGCUUCUGGAAUUAUCUGAUUUAUGUACUAGCCUCAUUAUACAUAUUUGUUGAGUAAGCCUGUGCAAUCAUUGUACUCAUGUAAAACUACGAUACAGAAAAUUCCCAAAUGCCAGGAGUUAUCUUAUAAUCAAGCCAUUUCCAGAUUCCAGUAUUUUUAACUAAAAAUAUGGGUAACUUUUCCAUGAAAGUACAGUAUUACAUGCAGUGGUUAUUUCUUUUGUUUCAUCAAUUAUACUGAGUUCCUUGCACACUGACUCAUGGUCCCUCACAAUACUGUUACUAACCUAGGAGUGCAACAAUAAGUGCUCUGGACCGUGAGACAUGAUCAUAUGUCUGACAUGCAUUACAGACAGUUGUUUGAUGUAUGUCAGACAAAUACAGACAAAGGGGCUUGCACUUGCUGAAAGAAACUGUCAAUGAACAAGACAAGAACUUGGGCUUUCUUGACUGAGUUAAAUAUAUAAGACAGAUAAAUACAGUUACACAUUGAGGAUGUAACUAGAAACCCUGAAGGAUGCCUCAAAUGGAAUAAUCUGUGGAAAAUAUAUUAUUUGAAUUUCAUCAAAGAUGUGUUUUUUAUUGUUUGUAACUUAUUUUAUUAUUGUGAAUAAGUAAAUUGUAGAAAUGAUAUUAAUAGUUUCCUCAUUUGCAGUUAAUGAGAAUGUGUCAUCUUUUAGCAUAUGUAAGUUUGAUGGCUCAGUGCAGUAUCCAUGCCAGAAAAGAAUACACCUGAUAAAGAACUUUAAGUCACUGAAAUACAUUGCCUUCCAGUGUGCAUAAAGCACAUCUUCCUUUUCUUUCCUUUUCUUUUCUUUUUGUUUCUUCCAGGAUCUUCAUAUGUUAAUUUAGAUUUCUAUUCUUCUGAUAAAUAUUACUAAAUCAGUGUCCAUCAGAGGGGCCUGAUUAUAGCAGCAGUAAUAAGGAAGCAUUAAUAAUAUGUGAUCACUCCCAUGUACGUGAUCUAUGAAUUUUUCCUAAAUACACAUGCUGAAAAUACAGUUCUACAUUCUGAAAGAAUGCUGAGUCUUACUUAAACAUUCAGUAUUGUUAAUAUGUCUUACAACGAAGCUAUCAAUGAUGCAUCAUGUUCUGUAGCAAGUAAAGUAUUCUUCAUUUUACCUUAAAGAAAGGGUUUAAUUGUUUAGUGCUGUUAUUUUCAGCAUAAUUUAUUUAUUGAUUUACAGUAGUCCUAUAUCAUGACUGGAAAAACUACAGAAAAGACUAGCCAAGGGUAUCCCUCUAGUCAAAAUCCAAUACUGCUUAAAAUAUCAUUAUGUGUACAUGGCUAACAUGGCAGAAUGAAACUUGCAUAAGUACACCAUUAUUCUGGGUAUCCUAAUGAAGAUACGUGAAAAAACAUAGCAUUUUUUUAAUACCUGUGAGGGUAGUUGUAACUUUUUCAUACUGUCACCAAAUAUGGAGUUGUUUCCUGUGAAAACAGCUGACUUUGAUCAUGUAGGCAAAGAGGAUGCAGUAAAUACAGAUUAACAAAUUCACGUGUUUGUCUAGAUCUGAUAUAGUUUUAGUAGAAUCAUCUGUGUGUUACUUUAAAAUCUUUCAGCAAUAUCUGAAAGUAGUGAUUGUACCCAAUAUGAUAAAGAUAUCUGGAAAAAUGCUGUACUGCAAAUAUAUAAUGAAUAAAGACAUAUGUCCAGGAAAGAAAACAGUUUCCAGAUAAAACUAAACUAAACUAUAAUAGAAUAAAAUAAAAUAAUAAAUAAAUAAAUAACACUGAAAGAAAACACAGAAAAAUGUCAUGAUGUCACUCCUUAAGUUUUGAAACAGAAGCAUGUGGUAUGUAUAAACAUAUAAUAUUCUGUUCUAACAUAACAAAGUUUUAGUCCCAGAAAAACAUACAGUAAUAGAUACUAUUCUGUAUUAUUCUUACAGCCAUGACAUUUAUAAAUGAUGCACCUUGACUACAGAAGCAUGCCUUUGCUGCAUGAAGUAUACGAAGAAUGUUUUGUAGCUUACUCUACUAAGAUGUUGCAUGUCUGAGACUUUCUUUUUCAGUUUUUCUCCACACUCUUCUUUUAUUUAAUCUUACCUUUCAUUUGGAAAAGCACUAGUGUGAAAAAUAUAACUUGCAACCAGCUCUGUUAACAUUUAACUACUUUUAAAGCUCAAGAAAAGAAUCCCUAUGGAUCUUGCUAUCAGCUCUAUUUGCUAUAUUCAGGGUAAUUUCAUUGUUCAUCACUAUAUCAGGUUACACUUCCUGCAGUGAUGCAGCUUGUCAGUCAGUAUUACUACAAGCCCUCAUCUAAAACAAUAACUCCAUGAGGUAUUACUUUCAAUUAUUAUACAAUAGUUUACAUGAAACCUACAAGGCAUUCAGAGGACAUGAACAUGUGUCUCCCCCCACACCCCCCUUUUCAGUUUCCUGGCACCAGAUAAGGUUUAAGAUGGUUGUGUACGGAUCAGCUAGGUGUUGAUUUUUUUUUUCUGUGCAGCAUCCUUAUGCUAUUCUUUGGUACACAAUUGACAUGAUUCAUUAAACCUCAUCUGCAUUGAUAUCCGCAGCUGCUUUGAAGGCUGCAGUUUGCUCUUAAUAUACCAAUCUGUGAUGUCAGUAGGGUGCUCCAUGCACCAUCCUUGAAUCCCGAGUUGUCUCCCUCCAUGGUUGCAAUGCACAAUGCCUUUGCAAGCUUGUUAACAGAUACUUGCUUGCAGAUUUUCUAGCCCCCAUCUCCUACUGUCUGCUUUUUAAACACAAGACUCUAGUGAAGUAGCAAAAUAGUAUGUUUUCAGGUAAGUGUCUGUGGACCUGAGUGUGUAUCGUCUAUAGCCUACAUUGCAAUUGCAAUGUGAUUACUCGUAGGUGAUCAGCAAAUGUUAUGAUGUAAGUAUAUGUC